AUGGGACGUCGGAAGGUUGCGAUUCAAUUCAUGUCCGACCUCCAUCAGGAGCAGCACGAAUAUGGCUUCACUGCAGUCCGAACGGCGCCGACAUUGAUUCUGGGUGGUGACAUCGGUCGAUUUCGCGAUUAUGAGCGAUACCGAGGCCUGCUCUCGCGUCUCUGUGCCCAAUUUGAACUUGUGCUUCUGAUUGCCGGAAACCACGAAUUCUAUGGCACUACUCGCGCCAAAGGCCUAGAGGCUGCUACAAAAUUGACACAGGACCCGUCAAUGGGCGGCAGGCUUCGAUUCCUCAACCGCGAUCGCGUUGAUCUACACACAAACAUCACCAUUUUGGGUUGCACUCUGCAUUCGCGCAUUGCCCCUGGGUAUACUCGUCUCACCAAUGAUUUCAAGCGGAUUUCCGAAUGGUCGGUCGAAGCGCACAACGAGGAGCAUGAGAGGGAUCUGCAAUGGCUUCAGGCUUCCUUGCGCAAACUUCGGGUUGAGGAGCCCAAACGUCAAGUCAUUGUGGUCACCCAUUAUGCUCCAAUGUUUGAGCGAGUGUGCCAUCCUCAAAACGAACUCAACGACGUGAGUCAGUGCUUCAGUAGCACCGCGUUGGAGUAUCUGCGGCAGUCUGAAGUCCUCGGGUCGGUAUCCCACUGGAUCUUCGGCCAUACGCACUGGAACGUCAAUAUUAAGUCGGGCAACUUGCACGUGGUCAGCAACCAGAUGCAUAACGAUAACAGGAAUUUAAGUUGGUGGCAACGGAAACGACUCUAUGUACCAUUCAAACCGCAAGUGCGAUUGGUACUCAAAGUCCCAAGCUAGCCAGGCUCUAAUCCAAAGGCUCAUAUGCCGUCUCAUUGUUAUUGCUGGCUCGAGCCUGCUCCUUCAGUCGGCAUCAGCAUCCAUUGAGACCCAUUAGCAACCAAUAUUCCUUAGACAGUCCUCCUGUAAUAUCUUCCAUUCACAUGGACGGUUUCAUUAAGUGGCAGGGAAAGAAGCGAGUUCUCAGGAUCCCUUGUUGCAGGUCGGCGGCUUGAACUUGGGAUGGCUACAGAUGCCGAGGUCGACGUGUGCUCAAGCACUCGAAUAUUGUAAAGCAGUGCAUUCUGCACUGAAUUGGGGACGACAGCCAUCGGAAUUGAGUUAAGGUCGACGUCGGAAGCGAGCGCUUCGCAUGCCUUCAGAUCAAUCCCGAGCCUGGAGAAUCAGUGUUAAAGAUGGGGAUAGCGCUUACGCGCCAUGCCGACGAGCGUUCUGUCAAUUUGGUUGUUCAAGGUGCUCAAGGUGUCGUUAUAUCUACUUUCCAAGAACAGCAAGUCCGCGGCGUCUGAAAACUUCGCGCGUGUAGCUGCGGCUCGAAGUUUGCCUUUGUAAAGGAAGAUUGGGUGCAUAAUAUUGGUUUUCCUGGAUGAAAGCCUUUCACCAGUCACCACGAUCGGAACUGACUUCAUUGAGGUCAUGGAAGCUGCGAUUGGGAAAUGUUAGUAAACGACUACAACGACCCAAAACGACCUGGAGUCUGUCUAACUUACUUGGAAACACCUCGACGAGGACAUCUUUAUUAUACAUGAACUGUGCCAAGUCCGGUCGACUAUUGCCUGAGGAGCGAAAGCUCUCGACUUUGCUCAGCGCCGAUAUAACGUUUUCUUUUGUGCAAUUGACAAGACAAUCGAUGUCUUUACUCUCUCGCGGGCCACCGAGCGUACCAAUCGCGUAGCCGCCAAAAAUCCCAUGGUCCACGUCCGAAUCCUCGAGUGCUUGCGUUAAAGCAAUAGCAGCGUCGCUAAGCUUAGACAUAGUCGGCAUGGUAGUUUCAAUGAAAUAUUUCUUCGUUUUGUCGUAUCUUCCUCCUGGAACGUAACCUAAGACGGAAAACCUUUUUGCUAACGUUUAUAUAGGAUAUUGAGCUUUGUGUUCGGAGCCAAGAUCAAGAUCGUGCGACUGAGACGUUGCAAGCAGAGGAGCGAAUGUACCAGCGAUUACCUGACAUUGAAGAGCCGGACUUUUACCAUCCGUAUAAACAAGGAGCAGUCCAAUUCCACGUCAAUUUUCUGGAGGAAGAACUCGAGAUCGAAGAACUCGAGAUCCAUAUCGUCACGGAUCAUGCGUUCGGUCUGGACGUCGCGGAUUCAAGCGACUCUGUUUGCGGGCUUACAGGAUCCACUGCUCACCCGGAAGUCCUAGGCCUCGUCCACAACGUCGAAGACAGCAUCGUGUCCUCAGUCAGAUGGCCGACCUUGAGAGCCUUCUUACAAGGUUGGCCCACACAAGCGUCGGUCGCCGCGGGCGUCAAUGAUACCAACGUGGAAGUCGUGUCUCUUAUGCAAGCUGAGCGGUUGAUCGACACCAAAGACGUGGAUGAGGUAUGGCUGAAGCAGCAUUUCGGCAAUUCGAAGCAAUACCAUCAAGCUGCAAUCCUACUAAGCGGCAAGCGAGGGCGAGCAAUUAGCAGUUGCUGGGAUCGAUAG